UGGUGAUCCUGAAUGUGAGAAGAAAUAAACGAGGGCUCUCCUUGAAGGGCGGCAGUGAGCUGGUGGUCCUCAUCAUAGAGGAUAGAGCAUGUAUCCACCAUGGUUUCUCCAAGCACGAUAGACGCCCGACUGAGCCUGGACAGGGAGCAUGAAGACCAACUUACGCAGGUGUUCCACAUGUUGGACACAGAUCGAGACGGGCAGCUGACAUUGGAGGAAGCGGCACAUGCGGCCCGCUUGCUGGGACUUCACCUGGUUCCAGCUGGCGCUCCCCCAGGCAGACUUGCUCUUCCCACAUUUCUACAGUCUCUCAGGCGGAAGACUGCAGAACUUCCUGAGCACGCCCUUGAUGUGCUGGCAUCACGCUUCGUAUCAUCUGUCCAGUUGCGUCCCCAGAGCUUGAUGAAAGCUGAGGAUUUGCGACGGUUUUUCCUAGAGUCAGCGGAGAAUGUACCCAUUGCUCGCCUGCAAGAAAUGAUUGAAGCCAUGGAUUCAAGUUUAGAAGGCAAUGGAAGCAGCGGCGACGACUUCGCUACCUUCUUACAUCAGGCCAAUGAUGCAGGCAAAGGGAUCCAUUCACGUUGAAGUAUCUGUAUGUCUAGCUCUGCGUCCGCUCGGCUGGCGAGUGAUAGGUAGGCGCUUGCGGCCCAUCAAUGAGGGGUAUGCCUUGUAUUGAAAGGUCCUGCAGGACUGCCUAAUGUAAUUAAGUAAAGCUAGCAGAACAUUAGUUCAAAUGUUUUAUUGAUGGGCAACUGAUGAAACUUGAAAGGCCAACUCAGGUUUCUAAUGCAGCCACGCCGAAUGAUGUUGCACA